GCAACAUCCUGCUAAUAUAAAGAACAAAAAAAAACGACUCUUGAAAAACAAGAGCAGGGGAGCCAAGCUGAGGUAACUCGCCGGGUCUGUAGGAAGAAUCCUGACAGCAGAAAUCGGGGAAACGAAUGAGAAAGCAAUCGAUCACAGCCUAUUGAUCAACAAAUUGUCUUUAUAUUUAAACGUUGACGAAAGUACACAGAUGGACAACAGAAAUGCCCCUGAAGAUAAACCUGUCCAGCGCUCCAAAUCCUUCAGCUUCAAGACACCGAGGGAGGUGUGCUCGUCAUGUGAGAAGACCGUCUACCCCAUGGAGAGAUUGGUGGCUAACAACCUGAUAUUCCACUCGGCCUGUUUCUGCUGCAAACACUGCAACACCAAACUCAGCCUGGGCACAUUUGCUGCCCUUUCGGGUGAUUUCUACUGCAAGCCGCACUUCCAGCAGCUCUUCAAGAGCAAAGGCAACUAUGAUGAGGGCUUUGGCCGCAAGCAGCACAAGGAGCUUUGGACCUCCAAGGAGGGAGAGAACAUAACUAAGACUGCGUAGCCACGCCUGUCUGUGUCCCAACCGCUCUCCCACGGGAAAGGCUAUACGGACACUCCUGACCUGCAAACCGACUUUUAUUUUCAGAAUUGGUAACGGUCAGGGUUAGUUUUAGAUUUUGGGUAGUUUUGCAGGUCAGCAGUAUCCUACUGGCAUUUCCCAUCUCAUCCCCAAAGCUGCCUCUUCUCCACCUCCAACUUGUCAUAAAGAGCACCAACGUGUCAUAAAGAGCACCAACGUGUCAUAAAGAGCACCAACGUGUCAUAAAGAGCACCAACGUGUCAUAAAGAGCACCAACGUGUCAUAACGAGCACCAACGUGUCAUGAGGGGUGCGGUCAACGCUCCUGUGCUCUCGCUCCACAUGGAAGACACACACCCACGAUGACUGGCCAGUCGCCCCUGUUGCUCGACAUUUUUAUUUAGUGGAGCGUUUAUUCCUUUAAUUUGGUUUUAGUUUCAUUUUACAUUUGCUCUUUUGAAAUGUUUGAUUGUGACCAAACUGCUUAUUCACAAACCAGUGGUAUGUUUUUGUCUUUUUGAGGACUACAUAUCAUUGUUUUCUUGUUUAUUUUUCGGAUAAACUUGCACCCUUUUGGCGCAACAGGCGCAAGGGACCGUAUGCUCAGGUGAACAUAUGGUUAGAGAAGCUGGAGUUCACCCUCAGCUGUAGAACAUACUCAGGUCAACCAUACUGAGCUAGGUUCAUUAGCACGUUUGUAUUUUAUGACCUCUUUUUAGUUCCAUAUAGUCAAUUAAAUCUAACGCCAAUUUUAAAGACCAGUCCUCUGCAUUGCGGUAGCACCUGCGGAAGCCUAUUUGUGAGUUUGUCAGGGUUCACUUAUCUGAGAAACAAACAUGGUACUGUAAAACUGUCACACGUUCUCUCUCUCUCUCUGGGUACAUUUAGUUUAAUUCUGUCUUAUUGUUCAAAUAUUUUUUUUGCUCCUAUGAUCUGAAUGGCUGCUAGGUUUCAGUUCUGCAUGUUUGUCCUGUAUGAGUCUUAGCUGUCAUACCUUUAGUCUGUACUGCCCUCCUGUGUUCUGGGUGGCUUUUUAAAACUAAUCUACUUCAUUGACUCUUAAUCUCACUUUUCUGGAUUUAAAAGGCUCUCUUUGCUCUGUUAUUUGCUGGGUUUGAUGGUCAUGUGAUAAGUUGCUCUCACUCGUAGAGGCUUUUUCAUCUUUAUUCUGAAUAUGAGAAGUAUCUCAUAGGUGUUUGUACAUAGCUUGUGCUUAGUGAACAUAUCACACUAUACUGUGCACAUAUGACCAUGCAUGUUAAACAGACAAGUCUGUUUGAUUGACAGGGAACAUAGCCUAACAGGAAAUCACAACUGUCACGCUAAUAUCCCCUGCUGCUUCCUGUCCAUGCAGAGCUGUCUGUUCAUGUACUAAAUUGGGCUAAGUUGGUGUGUAAAACUAAGCGGGACUUUCGGAUCGUUCAAGACAAACUGUGAACUCUGGUGGGGAAGAAUGUCAAAUCCCGAUGUUUGUGAUCUGCCAAUUGGGAAAGUCAGCUCUAGAAAGAGGCCAGAGUUCCUGAAGCAGAAUUAUGAGUUGGAUGACUUUUGGAGAAGAAAAUCCAUCCGCUUUUUUCCUUUGAGUUCCCUGUUGUCUUGAAUGAAAGUCUGAGAAUUCCGUGUUCUGAAUGUGGCAGAAAUUCACAUAUGACUGGGAUGUCCUGACGGGGCCACAAGUGAAAUCACAUAAUGUAAAAAAAUAUAUAUAUAUUAUCGUUCUUCUCCAGUGACAUCACAUCUGCAAACAUAAAUAUCUUUUAUUAUUUUUUAUAAAUGCCUCAUGGCUUUCUUGUCUCGACUGCAUCACGUGAUUCUGAGCAGAGGUGGUGGAUUUGUGAAGAUGGUUCACUUCAGGCCGUUUACCAUUGGGGGAAAAAAUAGUCCGUUUCAGUCUGCUGAACAGGGGGGAUCUCUCAUCGACACCAAUGUCAGUGAUAGCAGCUGGGUCUGGUCUACUUUAUUGAAUAAUGUCAACAAAGAAUGAGGGAGUGGGAUGUCUCGCUGCUGCUUCGUCUUUGAUUUUGAGCACCAGGACCAAGUACUAUAUGAGGGGUGGGCGCUAACAGGGAAUGUUUGACCUGGGGCAUGUUCAGGGGGAAUUCCUACGCAGUGAGUAAAUCCCAGGCCAACAGUGCCCUAAACCUCGGAGUAGCGCCUCCUGGUGGUAGAGAGGUCGGAAAUGCUUGAGUCAGUUCAGCCAGUCCCAGUAAAAUCUUGAAAUAUUACAUAUCACACAAUUGUCAAUAAACACAUUUGCCCCCAGUAAUUUCUUCUGUAUAGCUUUUACUCAUUGUUUAAGAUGUGGGACUGGCCUCGGGAUAAAACGGUGUGCUACAGGUGUUUUUAGGUUGAAAUGUUUUAAAGCAACACCUGCUUUGGCCAACAAACUCAAUAGACAAAUUUUUUAUUUUCAUCAUUCUUGCUUUAGAAUGAUACUAAAACAAUUGAAUUACAUCAUUAGAGAAGUAUUCAAUGCCACAACACUUGAAUGACUCAAUGUAUAUUGUGACGGAAAGUUUACUGUGAAUUAUAAUCGCUUUGGAUAAAAGCGUCUGCUAAAUGGCAUAUAUUAAAUUAUUAUUAAAUUAUAGACUGGGUAGUUUGAGCCCUGAAUGCUGAUUGGCUGAAAGCCGUGGUUUAUCAGACCGCAUACCACGGUUAUGACAAAUCACUUAUUUUUACUGAUCUAAUUACAUUGGUAACCCGUUUAUAAUAGCAAUAUGGCGCCUUGGGGGUUUGUGCUAUGUCGGGCAUAUACCACACCUCUGGCUUCAUUGCUUAAUUAGAGCAUGCUGUGCAGAAUAGGAAAUAAAAUGAUACUUUUUGUUAAGUAAAGCCUUAGAAAUAAAUGGCAAAAACCAUGGUCUAACAUUAUUGCUUUAAAAAAAAUGUAUUUGUAAUUUUUUUGAGUGCACAUACCUUUCUCCCUGUUCCAGCCUAAUUCCCCUGUGAAUGGAAAAGAAUCCUUCUGCUUGUUUUCCACUUAGUCCCUGUGGUGGAUAUGAGUGGUUUCACUCAGCCAGAGGUUUACGAACCCGCUCAUCCUCCACUCUCUCCUGAAUGCUUUUCAUUUUUUCAGUACAUUUCCUCAAGUUUGUAAAGUUAUCUAUUUGUUUUUAACAUUUUGUAUUGGUCCUCGAGACCACCCAGAAUGCUUUGUAACCAAGAACAUCAUAUCAAAUAACACUGUGUCCAUAUUCUGUAAUGUGUGAGGAGUGUGCCAAGGUACAAUGGCGUUAUCCUGUGAAUAAACUUUCUUUGUAUAUAGAGAGAGAAAAAACUGGUACCAGGAGGCUCAGGUCUAUGAGAGCUGUGUGACUGUCUGUGUUCUGCGAGUCAUGUAGUUGUGUGCAAAAUUGGAUGUAGACUUAACAUUUAUUUUUCAAUGCAGGUGUCACUGUUGUCAAAAUGUAAAUGUAUGCAUUUAAAAACAAAAACGUGAUGUAUAACUUGACCUGUGGAUGGUGACCUUGCAAGCAAAAGGACGUUUUAGCUCUUACUCGUCUUUUACCUCUCCUCUCCUUCUUUUGGAUUAUUACUCCAGUUAAAUGUGUGUUGUAGAAGAACAUGAUUAUAAAUAAUGUGAUUUGCCCCCCACCCACACAUACACACAAUCAAAUGUAUUUGGUUUUAUCAUUUUCUUCCAGUAGUUUAUUUUAAUUUUUUACAUGCUUUUGGAAAAAUAAAUGAAGAUGCUGAUGUUGCUAA